AUGGACAGUAGCACACGGACUUACAAGAACGUCGACACGUUAGACGAGCACGACCGCGACCACAUCAGCGACCAUGAGUCCAGCACUGAGGUCGGCUCCCUCAUGGGCGAGGACGAGAAGCGGUGGGACGACAUCGACCUCGAGGAUGCGCGCAUUCGGGGCUACCGCAUGGUAGGGAUUCGCGUGGCUGCAGCCUUGGAUACAGCACACUGUCACCGCUGGCUCAUUGACACGGUGCUUCUGAUCGUCAUUCUGUGCUUGCUGCUGCUGCUCCACGCGCGCGGCCGGCCGCAAGCCUCAUGGCAGGUCGGUGGCGAUUAUACAGGGGAAGGGCCACACUUCACCACUAGAGUCGUUAAGUGGGAGUCGGACGAGUCCUUUACGCCCUCUGAGCCGAACGGCUUCUAUUCAGAAAAGACGCUGGCUCGUUGGAACACUCUGAUGCCGGUUGGCGCUGGCUAUGCCUCACCGAACAAGACCACCUUUUUCACUACCACAAUGACUCACCAGCUACAUUGCGUUUUUGUUCUUGGUCGCAUUUUCAACGCCCUGGAGUCUAACAACGGCUCCAGCCUUCCAGAAGACUACCAGACCCAUGUGCUCCACUGCCUCGACUACAUGCGGCAAGGCGCCAUGUGUGCUGCAGAUCUUACUCUUGAGGCGCACACGCCAAUGGACGGAAGUGACAACGGCCCCACAGACGGUGGCUGGAGCGGACACCACGUGUGCAAAGACUACGGCGAGGUCGUCCAUUAUUUGGAGUACCAAAUCAAAGAUGGCGUACGGACAGUGCUCCCGAUCGAGGACUAA